GUUCGCGGUUUUGACAGCUUAGUCGUUGUUCUGUCGUUUGGUCUUCACAUUUGUGUGUGCUGUGAUAAUUAACAAGUUCGUUACUCAAGUCUUUCGUUUGCCAAAAGUUAUUUAUAAUAAUUUAAGUGGGGGAAAAAACCGAAAAUAUGAAAUUCUUUGUUGAAUGUGUAAUUGUUGUUGCAGCGGCUGUGUUUGCCACCGCAUCAGCUGAAGCCGAUGCUGGUUAUUUCAUUCCGAAAGCUUUCUACACACUCGAUGCUGAGGGUCAUAAGACACAAUCACAUCCCGUUAGCCCACACACUGCUAAAUACCUGCAUCGCUUACGUCGUCAAGUUUUCAGUUCGUCCUCAUCUUCAUCCUCUUCUGCAUCGUCCAGCAAUGGCGGGCCGGUCUACUUCAGUACUCAUAAUACAGUAUCGCAUACACCAGCUGGAACCACAAGCUUUUCUCAACGCUUUGGGGAUGAUGGCUCCUCAUAUGAUUCGGCCCUCAGUUCAUCCGGCGUGGGUGGUGGCGCGCACAGCUCAUCCGGUGUGGGUGUUGGUUUGAGUGCGGGAACUAGCGCUGGAUAUGAUAACAGUUAUGGUAGCAACUAUGCUGGCGUUCACUUUCCCACCGGCAGUAAUAGCUACGGCGCCAACAAUGCUGGUUUUGGCGCAACAACAGGUGGCGGGAACUACAAUACCGGCUAUAAUUCCAUACCAGUGGCCAGCAGAUUUGGCUCAUCGGCUUCGUCAAGUUCAUCGGUCUCAUCCAAUGGCGGCCCGGUGUAUUUCAAAACGGAGCAGUCAGUGUCACAUACGCCAGCCGCUAAUGUUAAUAAAUUUAGCAGCCGCUUUGGAGACGAAGACACACCACAAACAGUCAGCAAAACCGUCUCAACUAGCGGUUAUAUAGAUGAGAAAGGUGUUCAC